CACAGCUUUGCACACACAGUAAACACACAGAGUGAAGAAGAUGAGGGUGUUCCUCUGCAACCCAUCAUCUCCUUCCUUACCACUCCCACCACCACCACAAACCACCAUUCACCACCCACUUCCCCACCAUACCCACAAGCCAUCUUUACUCCAUUCCUUGACCGGAGCUGCAAUCUCCAUCAACCUCUUCUUCUCACCCUUUUCUCCACUUCCACCGCCCCCUUCUUUCGCUUCUUCUUUCGUCAAUCCAGAAUGUACCGAACAAGACCAACGAAUUGAACAAGAAAGAAUGCUCCAAAAGGCUCCUGAAUUAGUCACAAAUGAAGAUAUUGUCAAAGAAGCUUGGCAGAUUGUUAAUGAUAGUUUUCUUGCUUCUGAUCACACCCGAUGGUCACCGCAAUCUUGGCUUCAAAAGAAAGAAGAUGUUAUGAGUACAUCACUGCCAACAAGAUCUAAAGCUCAUGACGUAAUCCGGAGAAUGUUGUCUAGCUUAGGUGAUCCUUAUACUCGGUUUCUUUCUCCCGACGAGUUCUCAAAGAUGGCAAGGUAUGACAUGUCUGGAAUUGGAAUUAACCUUCGGGAAAUUCCCGAUGAAAGUGGUGAAGUAAAACUGAAGGUUUUAGGUCUCAUUUUGGAUGGGCCCGCAUAUAAAGCCGGAGUCAGACAGGGAGAUGAACUAUUAUCUGUAAAUGGAGUAGAUGUGAAGGGGAAAUCGGGCUUUGAAGCUUUGUCAUUAUUACAAGGGCCCAGUGACACAUCUGUGAAGAUCAUGGUUAAGCAUGGAAAUUGUGGUCCCGAACAGUCUCUCCAGGUACAGAGACAACUUGUUGCUAAGACGCCCGUUUUUUAUCGGUUGGAACAAAUAAAUAAUGGAAAUACUUCUGUUGGAUAUGUCCGUCUAAAAGAGUUCAAUGCACUUGCUAGAAAAGAUUUGGUCACAGCAAUGAAGAGACUUCAAGACAUGGGUGCCUCAUUCUUUGUUCUUGAUCUUAGAGAUAAUCUUGGUGGAUUAGUUCAGGAGGGUAUUGAAAUUGCCAAACUAUUUUUAAAUGAAGGGAAUACAGUGAUAUAUACUGCUGGAAGGGAACCUCAGAACGUAAAAAGUAUAGUAGCAGAAAAUGUGCCUCUUAUUACAUCUCCACUUAUUGUUUUGGUAAACAAAAAUACUGCUAGUGCAAGUGAAAUAGUUGCAACUGCACUUCAUGACAAUUGUAGGGCUAUUCUUGUUGGUGAAAAAACUUAUGGAAAGGGUCUUAUUCAAUCGGUAUUUGAACUUGAUGAUGGGUCUGGUGUGGUGGUCACUGUUGGGAAAUAUGUCACACCAAAUCACUUGGAUAUAAAUGGGAAUGGAGUAGAUCCUGAUUAUAAAAAAUUUCCAGCGUGGAAUGAGGUGGUUGAACGCUUAUCCAAGUGCCAAAAGCAACAUGGGUGAAACACAAAUGUGUGAAACCAGACAACAAAUUGAUAGAAGGUCUUUGAACGGUGGUGAUCUCAUAACCUAAGGUUGUAGGGAUCCACACUGUAGAUCAUUUUUUUGUAAUGUAAGUUACUACUGAAAGGAUGAAAGAAUAGAGGGACCAGGGAUUAUUGGAAAACACACAAUUAUAUAGUUGUGUAAGCAACGCACAAUGCGACAUUGUUUCAAUGCUAAUUGAUUAGAAGUGUAUUGAUAUAUGUUUUCUACUGUACGGAUCAAUUGAACCGUAUUAUUAAAUGCAUCAAGCUCUUAGUUUCCUCC